ACCAUAUCCACUAUAGUCCACACACCACCACACCAUGGCAACCCUUUUCUCUCCCUCAGCCCUGUUCUCCACCACCUCCUCCUCCUCCUCCACCACCACCACAAAACCAUCAAAAGCACCACCACCCAAACCCCUAUUGACUCUCAAACCACCGCCACCAACAACUAACUUAAUUGUCACCUUAACUGCCACUGCAGCUGCCCUAGUCCUAACCACCACCCCUCCCUCACUAGCAGACCCCCCAAAAUCCUACAACAUGUACUAUGGCACUGCCGCUAGCGCCGCCAAUUAUGGUGGCUAUGGAGGCAACUCAAACAAGCAAGACUCAGCUGAGUAUGUCUACGAUGUGCCCGACGGCUGGAAAGAGAGGCUAGUGUCAAAGGUUGAGAAGGGAACCAAUGGGACCGAUAGCGAAUUCUAUAACCCAAAAAAGAAGUCAGAAAAGGAGUACCUGACCUUCCUUUCUGGAUUCAGGCAGCUCGCGCCUAAGGAUGUGGUGCUAAACAACUUGGCAUUGUCGGAUGUCAGUCUGCAAGACCUCAUUUCCAGUGCAGACAGCGUGAAAUCAGAGGAGAAGAAAGACGAGAAGGGGCAAGUGUAUUAUGUGUAUGAGAUUGAUGGGGUUGGAGCGCAUAGCUUGAUCUCAGUGACUUGUGCUAAGAACAAGCUUUAUGCUCAUUUUGUUAACGCACCAGCACCAGAAUGGACCCGAGACAAAGACACUUUGAUGCAUCUUCACGAGUCUUUCAAAACAGUCGGAUCAUUUUAGUUCCUAUUGUGAUUGUUCAUAGAGAGGAGAGGAGGGAGAGCUUUGAGAUAUGAUAAACUUUUUCAUGUAUCUAAUAAAGGAAAAUUUGUAUUGAAUUCCUGGUUUGUUCA